AUGCCAAUAUUACAAUUGUCGUUGGCUGAGUCUUCUUCUUCUUCAACAUCACCUAUCACAAAAGCAUGUUCACUACUAUCAACGAGCACCAGUAAAAAACAAGAAAAAGUUGUAUCACCAGCUCGCCAAAGUGAAUUAGGUCCCUUAUACUCAACACCAUCACGAGAACUGGCAAUAUCUAAAUUGUUUGAUGAUGAGCAAUCGACGAGUGUUGAACAAAUAGUAACAACAAUACCAGCACCAUCGAAUGAAGUGAUGCAACCACAAGCGUCAAACCUAAUCGAUGAUGAAUUAGAUAAUCAAUAUGAAAGCAAUGAAAUUCGAAUCGUUGAUGACGAACUGAAUAAAACUGAUUUUAGAGAAGAAAAAGUAGAUGAAAUUCUAGGUGAAUCAAAAUCGAGAGAUGUUGGGAUAAUCGAAGAAGCAAGAAUCAAUGAAUCUCGAGCAAGUUUACAAGAGCACCAAUCGCCAAUAGCGGCCAUUGUUAAUAGUAAGUGCAACUUCUAUUCUCCUUGCGAAUCCCUUUUUUUGUUCAUUACUAGGGUGAAAUAUUCGAUUCCUCCUUUGAAUUCUGGUGACACUGCUUUGUUGAAGAGAGAGUUUGACAUUGUAUCAUUCUCUUAUUGAGCUCAUGCUCACGUGAACAGAGAAUGACUGUUCACUCCAGUUUCUAUACAGACUCAGUUUUCAUUUUUAGUUCAUCAUAGCGGUACAAAAACAACUUUAGCUUGU